AUGGUAUGGGUCCAUGGAGGCUCUCUGAUAACUGGCGCUGCCACCUCCUAUGAUGAAUCAGCCCUGGCUGCCUAUGGGGACGUGGUCGUGGUUAUAGUCCAGUACCACCUUGGGGUCCUUGGCUUCUUCAGCACUGGAGAUGAGCAUGCACCUGGCAACCAGGGCUUCCUAGAUGUGGUAGCUGCUCUGCGCUGGGUGCAAGGAAACAUCACUCCCUUUGGGGGUGACCUCAACUGUGUCACCGUCUUUGGUGGAUCUGCUGGUGGAAGCAUUGUCUCUGGCCUGGUCCUGUCCCCAGUGGCUGCAGGGCUGUUCCACAGAGCCAUCACACAGAGUGGGACAGCAUUGGGCCGAGCAUGCACCCCUGAGCAUCCCUUCUUCUCUCUAUAGAAGGUUGCCCACCUGGCUGGAUACAACCAGAACAGCACACAGAUCCUGGUAAACUGCCUGAGGGCACUUUCAGGGGCCAAGGUGAUGUGUGUGUCCAACAAGAUGAGAUUCCUCCAACUGAACUUCCAGAGAGACCCUGAAGAGAUUAUCUGGUCCAUGAGCCCUGUGGAGGAUGGUGUGGUGAUCCCAGAUGACUCUCUGGUGCUCCUGACCCAGGGGCAGGUUUCAUCUGUGCCCUACCUUCUAGGUGUCAACAACCUGGAGUUCAACUGGCUCUUGCCUUAUAUCAUGAAGUUCCCGCUAAACCGGCAGGCGAUGAGAAAGGAAACCAUCACUAAGAUGCUCUGGAGUACCCGCAGCCUGUUGAAUAUCACCAAGGAGCAGGUACCACUUGUGGUGGAGGAGUACCUGGACAAUGUCAAUGAGCAUAACUGGAAGAUGCUACGAAACUGUAUGAUGGACAUAGUUCAAGAUGCCACUUUCGUGUACGCCAUGCUGCAGACUGUUCACUACCACUGAGAUGCCAGACUCCCUGUCUACCUGUAUGAAUUUGAGCACCACGCUCGUGGAAUAAUUGUCAAACCCCGCACUGAUUGGGCAGACCAUGGGGAUGAGAUGUACUUCCUCUUCGGGGGCCCCUUCGCCACAGGCCUUUUCACAGGUAAGGAGAAGGCACUUAGCCUCCAGAUGAUGAAAUACUGGGCCAACUUUGCCUGCACAGGAAAUCCCAAUGAUGGAAAUCUGCCCUGCUGGCCACGCUACAACAAGGAUGAAAAGUACCUGCAGCUGGAUUUUACCAUGAGCGUGGGCAUGAAGCUCAAGGAGAAGAAGAUGGCUUUUUGCGUGAGUCUGUACCAGUCUCAGAGACCUGAGAAGCAGAGGCAAUUCUAAGGGUGGCUAUGCAGGAAGGAGCCAAAGAGGGGUUUGCCCCACCACCCAGGCCCUGGGGAGACUGGCCAUGGACAUACCUGGGGACAAGAGUUCUACCCACCCCAAUUUAGAACUGCAGGAGCUCCCUGCUGCCUCCAGGCCAGAGCUAGAGCUUUUGCCUGUUGUGUGGGACCUGCACUGCCCUCUCCAGCCUGACAUCCCAUGAUGCCCCCUACCUCAAUGUUGACAUCCAGUUAGGCCAGGCCCUGUCAACACCAUACUGUGCCCAGCUCUCCAGCCUCAGGACAACCUCUCUUUUUCCCUUCUUCAAAUCCUCCCACCCUUCAAUGUCUCCUUGUGGCUCCUUCUUAUGGGACGUCAACCCAGACUGCUACUGCCCCUGUCACUGCACCCAGCUUGGCAUUUACCAUCCAUCCUGCUCAACCUUGUGCCCAUCUGUUCACAUUGGCCUGGAGGCCUAGGGCAGGUUGUGACAUGGAGCAAACUUUUGGUAGUUUGGGAUCUUCUCUCCCACCCGCACUUAUCUCCCCCAGGGCCACUCCAAAGUCUAUCCACAGGGAUGUUCUCAAUAAAGAAGUGUUGAUUUGACCUGAAUUUCUCCACCUA